GAAGGCCCGCUUCCCGCGGCUGCAGCUCCGGGGCGCCUGGGAACCCAAGACACGAGGCCGCGUGACCGGGCCAGAAACGCGCGGCGCCGCACGUGUCCGCGCGGCCCCGGAGCUCGCGCCGCCCGCCGCCGCCGCCGUUCGCCGUUCGCUAGGCUCCCAGGACCCGGGCCACCGCCAUGCUCUUCCGCUUCGGCGUGGUGGUGCCGCCCGCGGUAGCCGGCGCCCGGCAGGAGCUGCUGCUCGCGGGAUCGCGGCCGGAGCUGGGGCGCUGGGAGCCGCGCGGCGCCGUGCGUCUCAGGCCCGCGGGUACCGUGGCGGGCGCGGCCGCGCUGGCGCUGCAGGAGCCCGGCCUGUGGCUCGCCGAGGUGGAGCUGGAGACGGAGGAGGAGGACGGCGGGGCGGAGCCGGGCCGCGUGGACAUGUUCUGGUACAAGUUCCUGCAACGCGAGCCGGGAGGCGAGCUGCACUGGGAAGGAAACGGACCUCACCAUGACCGCUGCUGCACGUAUAAUGAGAACAACUUGGUGGAUGGUGUUUACUGUCUCCCAGUGGGACACUGGAUCGAGGCCACUGGGCACACCAAUGAAAUGAAGCACACAACAGACUUCUAUUUUAAUAUUGCCGGCCACCAAGCCAUGCAUUAUUCAAGAAUUCUACCAAACAUCUGGCUGGGCAGCUGCCCUCGCCAGCUGGAGCAUGUGACCAUCAAACUGAAGCAUGAACUGGGAGUUACAGCUGUCAUGAAUUUCCAGACUGAGUGGGACAUCAUCCAGAAUUCUUCAGGCUGCAACCGCUACCCAGAACCCAUGACUCCAGACACCAUGAUGAAGCUGUACAAGGAAGAAGGCUUGGCUUACAUCUGGAUGCCCACUCCAGACAUGAGCACCGAGGGUCGAGUGCAGAUGCUGCCACAGGCUGUGUGUCUCCUGCACGCACUGCUGGAGAAUGGACACACCGUGUAUGUCCACUGCAACGCUGGCGUGGGCCGAUCCACAGCCGCAGUGUGCGGUUGGCUCCACUACGUGAUUGGCUGGAGUCUGCGCAAGGUGCAGUACUUUAUCAUGGCCAAGAGGCCUUCGGUCUACAUUGAUGAAGAAGCUUUGGCUCAAGCACAACAAGACUUUUUUCAAAAGUUCGGGAAGGUUCACUCUUCCAUAUGCACUUUGUAGGUGACCAGCCCGCCACCCCUUCAAGCUGCCUUAGUAAGGAACCUAGGGGUGUGGUUAGUGGAAGACCUGGAGACAGAGGGGACUGUGGCCUGUAUCACCUGGAGAUACCGUCUAUGGUGGUUUGGUUGGACUUAUGUGUGAGAUAUUUUACAAAGGAAACUGCAUGCCACGUGAGAAAAGCUCAGAGUACACUGGCAGUACAGAGUAUGCCUGUAGUUGCUGCUGCCGCCACCGGCUGGGCCCUUUGCCUACAGGCUCUGCAUAGGUUGUUAUGGAUUUGUGACUCUGGCAUGUAGAAGAAAAGAGAGUGGUUAAGUGGAUUUUUUCAUUACUGUGAGUAUGAAACACACACACACACACACACACACACACAUAUACACGUUGUAUGUGCAUGCAUGUACAAACAAACAGCUUUUUACUGAACUGAAUUACAGUCAUUUGCUGGUGGAAGGGAUAAAUAUGUAAACCUACCUAGGACUCAAAAAGAGCUUUGCAUGGUCAUAGAAGAGUGGCUUUCUGUCAUUUCCUUCAUCUCCCUUCAUAGUUGUUGAUAUCUCCGAGGUGCCACCCUCCUAAUUUUUCUGUCCCCUCAUUAGGACAGCAGAGGUAGAGUUUUCCCUCUGCUUUUUCUUGUCUUUUUAUUGCUUUUGCUUUUCUUGUGGCAGAGUUUGUACUACUUGUUUAGCAUAAGACACAGGGCUCAACCUUGAACUCUUGGUAAUCCUCCUGCCUCAGCCUCCUGCGAACUGGGAUUGAAAGUGUAUUGCUCCACACUCUUUCAUACUCUUCCACCAUUUUUCAGUUGAGGUUUGUUGAGUGUGGCUGGCUUGUCCAAUCUCGUGGUGGGCGGGAAGGAGAUGAAGUUUGGAAGCCAGUUUAUUUGGUUCAGAGCUGCUUUCGGUGCUAUUGUUUUUUUUCAGCAAACUGUCAUGGCUGCAGCUUUGUCUCUCUCGGGGUAAACUUGCUACCCCUGUGGUUGUUUCUAUGGCGGGAAAUGAAACCGUGUUCUGAUCCAUUGCCAAAGAGUGUACAAAACCAGUUUUAUUUUGUUCGCCUACUGUAAGCUGUGGUGUAGUUCUAGGCUAAUUUUUCUGAGCCAUAGUUGAAGAGAGGAAGGAGCCUGAGUAGGCCAUGUCCGCAGAUUGCUGUCCAGCCAGGGGCUGGUCCUGGCUCAGGACUCAGUUCCGUAUAACACACAAUUGCUGCUCCUCCCAAAGAAUGUGCUCAGUUCCAUUAGAUUCUGUCAGAACCACAAA